UGGCAACGCAGCUUAUUACCAAGAUCCAAAACCCGGCUUGCCCGAAGACGAAGAAGCCGGUAACUCGGCCAUGUUUGAUGAUGAAGCGUUCAUGCGGCUUCAGGGCAAAAGGAACCGAGGGAAAGAGGAAGUGAAGUUCCUGGAAAUUAAGGGCGACGACCAGCUGAGUGGCCACCAACAGUGGAUCACCAAAAGCAUGUCGGAGGAGAAGCAGACCCGCGGGUCUUUCAGCAAGAAAAGGGGAGGAAUGCCCACAGGACAACAGAGGCGCAAGCACCAGAUUACAUAUCUCAUCCACCAGGCGAAGGAACGUGAGCUGGAGCUGAAGAACAGCUGGGCAGAAAACCGGAUGACCCGCCGGCAGACCCGGGCCAAAUACGGCUUCUAAGCACCAUGCCCUUUGGGAGUCUGGCAUGAAGGAGACCGGCGCUUUCUGUAGAUU